AUGACAGAGAAGACGGUGGAGUUCCCCAACGGGUUGCGGUACGACGGGAAGGUGAACAAGCAGGGGCUCCCCCAUGGAGCAGGGAAGGUCGUCUACCCUGACGGCUCCUCCUAUGUGGGAGAGUGGAAGGAUGGGAUGAGGCAGGGGCAAGGAGCUCUGUACGUCUCGGCUGAUGAGCAGUUCGAAGGGGACUGGGUUGACAACAAGAAAGAAGGGAGAGGAACGUACAAGUUUCCUAAUGGCGAUGUGUUCGACGGAUGCUACUUGAACGACAAGAGGCAUGGCACAGGGACUUACAGGCAUGCGAAUGGAGUCUUGUAUGAAGGGAACUGGGAGGAUGGUCUACGAAGUGGUCAGGGCACGGAGACGUAUCCAAACGGAGAUAAGCAGGGCUCGUGGAGUUUCGAUCUGAAACAAGGCUAUGGGACCAUGACCUUCAGCAAUGGCAGCCAGUACAUCGGCUUCUGGGACAAAGGAGUGAAGUCAGGAGCAGGAAAGAUGCUGCUCUCCGACGGAAGCCGAUAUGAGGGCGAGAUGUUUGGAGAUCGCCGGGACGGUAAGGGAGUCUAUCACUACCCAAGUGGAACAACGUACCAGGGGGACUGGGUGAAUGAUCUCCGGCACGGUGAAGGACAGAUGUCGUUUCCCAACGGAGAAGUCUACAAGGGACAGUGGAACAAAGGUCACCGUGAGGGCGAGGGCGAGGCUGUUUAUGCAGACGGCAGCCAGACAAGCGACAUGGUCGAGGUAGAUGGCAGUUGGCUGCUUCUUGGGUACGACCGACUGCUCUUUGAAGGCAUCUACACGUUCUCGAACCUUGACACCUACGACGGGGAGUGGAAGAACGAUCUGGUGGAUGGCAGAGGCGUCUACAACUCUCACGGCAAUGGCGUCUACACUGGAGAGUUCAAGGAUGGUAAGAGGAACGGACAAGGCACAUUCAUCCACGUCAACGGAGACGAGUACACCGGAGAGUGGCUGGACGACAAGCCGCACGGACGAGGAGUGUACAAGUCCUCACGAGACGGUAGCGUCUUCAGCGGAGAGUGGCGCGAGGGGAAGCGACAUGGCAACGGCAUCCUCCAGCUCUUCGACGGGUCCACCUGCAGGGACGAGUGGUACCGAGGAGUGCUUGCAGUUCGUUUCAUGCCAACACAGGAUAUGAAUGUGGAGAAUGGAAUGUAG